GCUGAAAAUGACUGAAUAUAAACUUGUGGUAGUUGGAGCUGGUGGCGUAGGCAAGAGUGCCUUGACGAUACAGCUAAUACAGAAUCACUUUGUGGAUGAAUAUGAUCCAACAAUAGAGGAUUCCUACAGGAAGCAAGUAGUAAUUGAUGGAGAAACCUGUCUCUUGGAUAUUCUCGACACAGCAGGUCAAGAGGAGUACAGUGCAAUGAGGGACCAGUACAUGAGGACUGGGGAGGGCUUUCUUUGUGUAUUUGCCAUAAAUAAUACUAAAUCAUUUGAAGAUAUUCACCAUUAUAGAGAACAAAUUAAAAGAGUUAAAGACUCUGAAGAUGUACCUAUGGUCCUAGUAGGAAAUAAAUGUGAUUUACCUUCUAGAACAGUAGACACAAAACAGGCUCAGGACUUAGCAAGAAGUUAUGGAAUUCCUUUUAUUGAAACAUCAGCAAAGACAAGACAGAGAGUGGAGGAUGCUUUUUAUACAUUGGUGAGAGAGAUCCGACAAUACAGAUUGAAAAAAAUCAGCAAAGAAGAAAAGACUCCUGGCUGUGUGAAAAUUAAAAAAUGCAUUAUAAUGGGUGUUGACGAUGCCUUCUAUACAUUAGUUCGAGAAAUUCGAAAACAUAAAGAAAAGAUGAGCAAAGAUGGUAAAAAGAAGAAAAAGAAGUCAAAGACAAAGUGUAUAAUUAUGUAAAUACAAUUUGUACUUUUUUCUUAAGGCAUACUUAAGUAAAAGUGGUAAUUUUUGUACAUUACACUAAAUUAUUAGCAUUUGUUUAGCAUUACCUAAUUUUUUUUCCUGCUCCAUGCAAACUGUUAGCUUUUAUCUUAAAUGCUUAUUUUAAAAUGACAGUGGAAACUUUUUUUCCUCUAAGUGCCAGUAUUCCCUGAGUUUUGGUUUUUGAACUAGCAAUGCCUGUGAAAAAGAAACUGAAUACCUAAGAUUUCUAUCUUAGGGUUUUUGGUGCAUGCAGUUGAUUACUUCCUAUUUUUCUUACCAAUUGUGAACGUUGGUGUGAAACAAAUUAAUGAAGCUUUGAAUCAUCCCUAUUCUGUGUUUUACCUAGUCACAUAAAUGGAUUAAUUACUAAUUAUAACUUCAGUUGAGACUUUAUGAUUGGUUUUACUGAAACAUUGAAGGAACAUCAAUUUAUGGGCUUCCUGAUGAUUCAUUCUCUAGGCAUCAUGUCCUAUAGUUUGUCAUCCCUAAUGAAUGUAAAAUUACACUGUUCACAAAGGUUUUUUUCUUCCUUUCCACUGCUAUUAGUCAUGGUCACUCUCCUAAAAAUAUAUUUUUUCUAUAAAAAGGGAAAAAUAGAAAAAAAUACAAGGCAAUGGAAACUGUUAUAAGGCCAUUUCCUUUCCACAUUAGAUAAAUUACUAUAAAGACUCGUAAAUAACUUUUCAUGUUAAGGCAGACCCAGUAUGAAAUGGGGAUUAUAGCAACCAUUUUGGGGCUAUAUUUACAUAUUACUAAAUUUUUAUAAUUGAAAACAUUUUAAUAUGUAAAAAGUUCUUCUCAUAGGAAUUCCAUAUAGUCUCCCAGUGUCAGAGUGUUCUUUCUUAGCAUAACUUUAAAUCUUUUCUUGAACAUCAUCUUUGAAAAUAGUUUUAAUUCUGUAGUGAUUAAAGAUUAUUUGGGCCAGUUACAGCUUAGCCGGUGUUGAAGAGACCAGGGUUGCAAGGCCAGGCACUGUGAACCUUUGAGCUUCACAGCAUGGACUGCAUCCCUGUGGUCAUCCAGUGUUGUCAUGCGUUGGUUGGUCAAGGUGGGGACUAGGAGAGACUUUGGAUAGCUCAUCAAGAUGCAUUCUCGCUAUGUGGUGGUCCUACAACAAAUCAAGAGCACCACUUUUGUUUUUUAAAAAAUCUUUAAAAGAAUUACUUUUAAACAUUAUCUUAGAAGUUGAGAAUGUGGGGGUGGGGGGUGCUAAGACAUUAAUUUGUUUUAAACAAUGAAGUGGAAAAUUUUUAAAUCUCUAGGUUUGACUAGUUCUCUUAACAAGGCUAAAUUAACAUUUCAUAAAUGUUUUCAGUUCUGAUCUAUAUUUAAGGAUAUUGCUUAAAAAUUAACUAAUGAAAAUCUUUUCAAUACAUUUAAAAUGUUACUUAAUUAAAAAUAUUUGAGGUGAGAUGGUGUGGUGAGGUGAAAAUAUCACUGGAUUAGGAGGAAGGUGACUUAGCUAGUUUUAGAUGCGUCUUUUAGAACUCUGAUUUUGGGCAAAUCACUUACUGUCCAUUUCUUCACGUUAAAAGAAGUCAUCUCAAAGGCUUUAACUUUUUUACAAUUAUGUGAUUUACAUUCAGUUUACAAAGGAUACACCUGUUUGUCAAGCUCAGCACAAUGUGUAACUUUUUAACCUGUGUUACCAUCUUCAGUGCCAAUCUUGGGCAAAAUUGUGCAAGAAGUGAGGUUUAUAUUUGAUUAUACAUUCUCCAGCUUUAGGGUUUCCCAGCCAUAUUAGUGUUAUCUUGCCUGCCUACCUUUCACAUGCCUCACGGCUUGGUGCAAGACUUACUGCUGCUAUGGAUAUCUCCAUGAAAGUUUCCCUUUAAGUCACAUCAAAAUACCCUACAUCUUAUUUCCUCAGGGCUCAAAAUAAUCUGACAGAUAUCAUAAUAGGAUUUAACCUAAUAGCUAAUUUUCAGGUGGUGACUGAUCUUUUGAACAUCUCUUUGAUGCCUGGUCCGUUAGUGACUGAGGAAGAAUUUUCAAAUGAACAAACAGAACCCUAUCCAGUGGAAGGAGAAUUUAAUAAAGUUAGUGCUGAAAUAAUUCCGUAUGUAACUUACAAGUAGGGUUAGCCCUGGGAACAGCAAUACAUUCCAUUGUUUUAAUAGCUAAAAAUUUUACAGUGAAAAAUAUUUUAACAUUUAAUUAAUAAAGCUGACUUUUCUGCAGAAUUCAUUUAUUCAACAAAUAUUUAUUGAGUGCCUACCAGUUGCCAGCCACUGCACAAGGCACAGGGGAUAAGAUAUUCCCAUACAAGAGACAUUAACUCUGUCCUUACGUAGUGCUAGAAUGGUCUGUAAUGUCUUAGUAAGGUCUUUGGCACAUGACCCAGAGAUAACACAGUGCAUAUUUUAGUUUGGCAGAAAAGAGGUUUGGUCUUUUAGGUUUCUUCCAGUUCUAAAAUAAUUGUUUUGCUAUGAUUUCAAUGUAACUGUUUAAUCAAGCUACUUUAUAUAAAUCACUUCAUUGUUUUAAAGGAGUAAGCCUGAUUAUAUUGUUUUCUUAUUUGGCAUAACUAUGUGAUUCUAUUGAGAAAUUUGUAAGCACACAUUAAGUCAUAUGUCAGAUACUGAUAUUAAAAUGCCCAAAUGUGUAAUAUUCGUUUUUCCUUUGUAUAAGUAAAAUAGACUUUUUAAAAUUAAAUAUUGAUUUCUAAAAUUGUUUAUCUGGGUACGAAUAAACUGGUGCCUGAAUGAAUUCACAGAAAAAUAAAUUUAUGUAAAAAUCAGUACGAUUUUUGAAAUGCUAUGCUAAACUAUAGAUCUAUGGAACAUUGUCUAGGUAGGGUAUUAGGACAUACAGAACCUCUUGUUUUUACACAGAGAAAUAAUGGCCAUACUUCAGGAACUGCAGUGCAAAACUGAGGGGAUAUUUAGGCCUUUUGAAUUUUUGAUGUAGCUGGGCAUUUUUAAGGUGGUAGUAAUUAUCUUUAAUUAUGUGAAUUUUGAAUGGUUUAACAAAAGGUUUGUUUUUGUAGAGCUUAAAAGGGGAAAGAAUCCUAGAAAUAAUCUGAAUGUUAUCUAAUUAUUACAGCCUUAAAGAUAAAAAUUCUUAAGUUUUUUUUUAAGUGCUAAAUUACAUAGUCUUAGGCAUUAACAUGUUUGUGGAAGAAUAUAGCAGACGUAUAUAGUAUAAUUUGAGUGAAUAUCCCCAAUUAGGAAUUCUAGGCUCUAUUUUAACUGAGUCACACUGCAUAGGAAUUUAGAACCUAAUUUUUAUAGACUAACAAAACCGUUGCCACCAUUGCACAAUUUUGUCCUAAUAUAUAUAGAAACUUUGUGAGGCAUGUUACGUUACAGUUUGCACAAGUUCAUCUCAUUUGUAUUCCAGUGAGUUUUCUUUCUAACCAUCGUUUUUUCAAACUGUAUAUUCACAUUUAGGGUUUUUUUGGUAGGGAGUAAAAACUAACUGAAGUCAUUUCCAUUAGUCAAAAAGUAAUAAUUCCUUGGUAACUAUGUAGUAAUGUUUUAAAAAACCCAGCAGUCACUUUAAAGCUGAAUUUAUAUUUAAUAACUUCUGUGUUAAAAUUGGGUAGCAUGAAUUCUGCAUUGAGAAACUGAAUAGCAUACAACUGGUAGCUAUAAAUUGUCAGAAAAUGAAAAUUUUUCUUUUUAAAGAUAUAUUCAUAUUAGUUCUUGAAGAAUAGUCAUAAAUAGAUUAAGAUUUGUGUUUUAGUUUAAUAGUUUGAAGUGCCUGUUUGGGAUGAUGAUAGGCAAGUUAGAUGAAUUUAGGAAAAACAAAGUUAUUAUCUGCAGAGAUGUUGAUUGCAGAGGGUCCAUCCCCCCACCCAUAGAGCUAACUGGGUUACAAUAAUGUUUUAUCCAAGUUUUCAAUUCCACUGUCUUGUGUUUUCAUGUUGAAAAUACUUUUGCAUUUUUCCUUUGAGUGCCAAUUUCUUAUUAGUACUAUCUCUUAAUGUAACAUGUUUACCUGGAAUGUAUUUUAACUAUUUUUGUAUAGUGUAAACUGAAACAUGCACAUUUUGUACAUUGUGCUUUUUUUUGUGGGACAUAUGCAGUGUGAUCCAGUUGUUUUCCAUCAUUUGGUUGCGCUGACCUAGGAAUGUUGGUCAUAUCAAACAUUAAAAGUGACCACUCUUUUAAUUAAAAUUAACUUUUAAAUGUUUAUAGGAGUAUGUGCUGUGAAGUGAUCUGAAAUUUGUAAUAUUUUUGUCAUGAACUGUACUGCUCCUAAUUAUUGUAAUGUAAUAAAAAUAGUUAUGGUGAC